GUUCUAUAUUUCCGGUAGUUCCUGAAGGCGUCGUAGACAAGGUGCGCAUGCGCUCUGCCCUUUCUGCCUACCCAGACCUGUUCAGCGUUACACGGUUUUCCGCCGAAAUCCUCCAUCCCGAUUCCAUACACCAAAAGACGGUCUUUCACCAAAUCAUGAGCUUCACAGUGGAAGACAGGGGAAGCCCCAACUCCCUGAGCUAUCGCUUGUUCUUCAAAAAUGCUGAAGGAAAGUACAUCUCGCCAUUUCAUGACAUUCCAAUAUAUGCGGAUGAGAGUCAGAACAUCUUUCACAUGGUUGUUGAAGUACCAAGAUGGACAAAUGCAAAGAUGGAGAUUGCCACAAAAGACCUCUUGAACCCAAUAAAACAAGAUGUAAAGAAGGGCAAGUUGCGAUACGUUGCCAAUGUUUUCCCACAUAAGGGCUACAUAUGGAACUAUGGAGCCAUCCCUCAGACAUGGGAAGAUCCUGCACACAAAGAUAGAGACACUGACUGCUGUGGUGACAAUGACCCCAUUGAUGUCUGUGAAAUCGGCAGUAAGGUGUGUUCCCGUGGGGAGGUAAUCAAAGUGAAGGUGCUCGGGAUCCUGGCCAUGAUCGAUGAGGGUGAGACUGAUUGGAAAGUGAUUGCAAUUAAUGUAGACGACCCCGAAGCCAACACUUUGAACAACAUCACUGAUGUCCAGCGCCUGAAGCCUGGCUAUCUGGAGGCCACAGUCGACUGGUUCAGGAGGUACAAAGUGCCAGAUGGGAAACCAGAGAACCGGUUUGCUUUCAAUGAGGAGUUCAAAGACAAGGACUUUGCCAUUGAAGUAAUCAAGAGCACUCACACCUUUUGGAAAGCGCUCAUAUCCCAACAGACCAAUGCUGGUGAAUUGAAGUGCAAGAACACGUGUGUCUCGGCCAAUGACAGCCCUUACUGCUGCUCAACAGAUGAAGCUAAAGCUGUUGUUGGUGAUACAUGUCCUUGUGGUAAAGAAGAACCUAUCCCCUGUUCAGUAGAUAAAUGGUUCUACUAUGAAAGGAAGUAAUGCAGGAGCUGUAUUUGGACUGGACUGCAGUGAAAGGCUCACCUCUCACAGGAAUGCUUAAAGAUGUUCUUACAUUAGGAAUCAAUGGGAUGACGGGAUGGGACAAGGAUGGUUGGGUGUGGGUUGACUGUUGUCCUGUAGAUUGACAGGUAGUGGUGAGAUACUGUAGAGAAAGACAAAAGUUAAAGUACUCAUGUCUUGACCAGUGAAGUUUCACUUAUUUAAUAAUGAUCUCAUUAGAGAUGUGUCAUUAAAAGUACAGAUACUGUGCCUAGUAGAUACUUGUACCCUGUAUGAGACUGAGCUGCUUUAAUAAAGCUUCCCUGGUUAAAUUA